GCAGGUAGUGCCAAAUUUGGAGCAAGAACCGGACCGCUAAAAUCGCCGUAUUCGGAUCAGUAGGACAAACUAAUAUCGUCUCGCGCGCAGCUUCGGCCAAUCCUACCGUCGAUAAUGGCGAGGUAACUCAUGCGCUUUGUUCUUUUUCCCCCCCUUUCCUUGUGCUUUUACAUAAACCAUGAUAAACCCGCCCCACCCACCUUCCACUGCGACCAAAUCAUUCCUCUCCCUGCCUCGUUCUCAGCCUCAGGUGUCUCUCUUUGUUUCUAUCUUCUGGGUUGAUACCAGUAGACUGGGUUGGUUUUGAUAUGUGCUGGGGAAUCGCCAAAAUCUUGAAUUGAAACUUCCGAUUACUGCUACAGUUCAUUGGUUUUGGUUUAGAAGAUGGUCUCUGAUUGUCCAUUGUCAAUCGCUUGUGUGUGUGUCUCACUUUGUUAAUCAUUCUGGGAAAUUCUGAUUACAGGUGAUUUGUGUGUGUGCUCGAAUUUGUGAGCUUCCUUUCGUUCAUCAGAUAUCCCAAUGGGGAGUGCCUCGUCUAUGCUAACUCAAUAUGAUAUUGAAGAAGUUCAGGAGCACUGUCACAAGCUCUUCUCCCAACAAGAAAUAGUGUCAUUGUAUCAAAGGUUCUGCCAACUUGAUCGAAAUGCGAAAGGGUUUAUCUCGGCGGAUGAAUUCCUAUCGGUGCCUGAGUUUGCAAUGAAUCCACUUUCUCAGCGCCUGCUCAAAAUGGUGGACGGCUUGAACUUUAAGGACUUUGUAGCUUUCUUAUCUGCAUUUAGUUCGAAAGCAACUGCAGAACAGAAAAUAGCUUUGAUUUUCAAAGUAUACGACUCGGAUGGAAAUGGAAAAGUCUCUUUCAACGAUAUACUAAACGUGCUUCGUGAUUUAUCUGGAUCAUUCAUGUCAGAUGAGCAAAGAGAGGUACGAUUACUGCCCGUUCUGUAUAAUUUGAUCCUCUCGUGCUACUUUGAACUCGCUGGAAUAUUUGCGAUAUCGUACAUUGGCAUAUUGUCUGAUGAUCAUAGUCAUUCAGGACUAAAGCUGGAGCCUUGAUAAUGUAACUAGCAGGGAUCGGCUUGAUUGUAUAGUGUGGCUAUUUCUUAUAAGCAUUUCCACGGCAUAGUGAGCAGGGUUCUACUUUCUGGUGUUUGUUUCUUGCAGCAAGUCCUGACCCAAGUUUUAAAAGAGGCAGGUUACACAAAGGAAUGUUACCUCUUGCUAGAUGACUUCAUUAAGGUAUUUGGGAAUUCAGGCUUAAAAAUGGAGGUCGAGGUUCCAGUUGAUUAAGUGAAAAGUGAGCUCACCAUUCUAACUCGUCAGACCUGGGAACAAACGAGAUCGUGUGGUGGAUCUGUAGAUUGGAAGGAAAUGCCAUACAGUUGUUAUUUUGCUUAUGAGUUUAUAGCUAUAGAGAGCAAUUGAAAGUACACAAAUAAAUGCUCUUAGCUUCUUCAUCCUUCUCAAUUUUGUGUACAGUCUUCCCUUCAUUUGUUUUACCAUCUGUAAUAGUCAAGUCGGCCGAAGUUUUGGAUUUUGGCAGUAAAUUGGAUCAGGCGAUGUAACUUUUCAGGUUUAUUGACCGGCAAAUUGCAUCACAAUAGUUUACCAUAAUUAAAACGGUGAAUCCAUGGCAAACAAA